AUGGCAUCGUCUUCAGAGACCAUCUACAUGGCUGACCCGCCAGCCGGUGUGCAGCGGCUCAACGGUGAUUCCAUCCAGCCGAACAUGGCGGCGUGCGCCAUCACCACGGCGCUGAUUGCCGUCGCCAUCGUCGGGCUCCGUCUGUAUACGCGCUUCUUCCUCACGGCGGCGCGGUUCCAGAUCGACGAUGCGUUCGUUUGCUGUGCGGCAGUAUGCUCGAUCAUGCUAAUCCCAAUAUCGUUUGAAAUCAUGCAAGCUGGUGUCGGUUUGCACAUGUGGGACGUCACUAUGGCGCAGUAUAACCCUGGUCUGGGAAUUUGGACCCUCGUAGCGACAAUCUUCUACGCAUGGGCCGUGAUCCUGUCCAAACUCUCCAUUCUAGCUUUCUAUCUGCGCCUCUCUCCCCAGCUCUGGUUCCGCGCGCUCACGUUCGUACUAAUGGGGAUCUCCACCUGCUACGUCCUCAUAUACACCUUCCUCUUCAUAUUCCGCUGCAACCCGAUCCCCAAGAACUGGGACAUCACCGUCACGACGGGCUCCUGCAUCAAUACCCGCACGAUCAUGACGGUUCUCAGCAUCGCCAACAUCGUCAUGGACAUCAUCACCCUCAUCCUCCCGAUCCCCGUUAUCAUGAGACUGAACAUGCGUCUUGCGCAGCGGGUGUCAGUCGUGCUGAUUUUCAGCUCGGGUGUGUUCGUCUGUGCGAUUGCGAUCCAGCGCACGGUCCAGAUGCUGUCGGCUCUGGAGUCGAAGGACUACACGUGGGAUAUCACCGAGCAGUUCUACUGGUCGUAUAUAGAGGUCAAUGCGGGAAUCCUGUGUGCGAGCGUGCCGGCAUUGAAGCCCUUUGCGAAGAGGCACCUCGUGAGUAUGUUCGGGUCCUCGCAGCGGUACCGGCUACAGUAUCAGGAGAGGAACGGUGCGUUUGGCCUGGAAGCGUCGGGUGGGCAACCGGCAGUCGGGACGGAGCAGGAGACCGAUGCGAUUCUGUUGAGGGUGACGCCAAAACGAGGGAGUUAUACGCGGUUUUAG